AUGGAAGAGAAAGAAAGGAUGAAGGAGAAGGAAAACGAAAAAGAAGGAGAGCAAGGUUUAUCGGCGGCGACUGGUUGUCCGACGGCUGGGCAAGUCGGCAGUGAGGAGAGCAGGAGGAGGACGGCAACUGAGUCUGUACUUCAGCCCCUCAACCAGUUGCCUCCUCCAAAUGUCAAACGGGAGCUUAUAAUGCUUUCUUUACCGGCAAUAGCUAGCCAGACCAUUGAUCCUAUGGCUCAGCUGAUGGAGACAGCUUAUAUUGGCAGUUUAGGUCCUGUACAGCUGGCAUCCGCUGGUGUUUCUAUGUCUAUCUUUAAUAUCAUUUCAAAGCUAUUCAACAUACCACUUCUUAGUGUUGCUACUUCUUUCGUAGCUGAAGAUUUAGCAAAGUCUUCUUCAGAUGGCGAUGAAAAAAAUGAAAGAAAACAGUUAUCAUCAGUUUCGACAGCGUUAUUUCUCGCUCUAGGCAUUGGCAUCAUUGAGGCGCUAGCUUUACUUUUGGGAGCUGGAUCAUUCCUCAGGUUAAUGGGUGUCUCAGCAGAUUCUCCUAUGCGAGUACAAGCAGAGAAGUUUCUGUCGCUUAGAGCUCUUGGUGCCCCCGCUGUUGUACUUUCUCUGGCUCUUCAGGGUGUGCUGAGGGGAUUUAAGGACACAAAAACCCCUGUAUUCUGUCUAGGUGUUGCCAAUCUUGCAGCUGUUUUUCUGUUCCCGCUUUUCAUAAAUUAUUUUCAGAUGGGUGUCACUGGAGCAGCCACUGCCACUGUUGUGUCUCAAUACAUAGGUAGCUUCUUGAUGAUUUGGUUUCUUAGCAAGAGAGUAAUAUUAUUACCUCCAAAAUUUGGAGAUCUGAAGUUUGGGGUCUAUUUAAAAUCUGGUGGAUUUCUGAUUGGAAGAACUGUGGCUGUUUUGAUAACUAUGACGAUUGGGACCUCGAUGGCUGCUCAUCAAGGUCCUCUAGCUAUGGCUGCUCAUCAAAUCUGUAUGCAAGUGUGGUUGGCUGUCUCUCUUUUAACUGAUGGAUUGGCCGCAUCUGGUCAGGUCUACACUCCGAGGAUUGCGCCUUAUGCGAGGAAUUUGAUGUGGUUCGUGAGCAAUGGGCUAAGUUUUUUACCAACAAGUAUUUAUUAUUGGCUUUAGCGCGCUUGAUCGAGUUGGUUUAGUUGUUAUAGAAUAAAUUUUAUAUUAAAAUGUAUGUUUAUGUUGAAAUUGGAACAUAUAUUUAAAUGUAAUAUGUGCACUUUGGUUUUGGGAUAUAUAGUAUACAAAACUCCA